AUGAGCGAAAAAGGGUUCAGAAAAUCGCUUCAGGGCGGGUUGGCGCGCGUUUUCAGACGUCGCAUAGCCUCGCCUGCCCCGUCCCGCGCAUCAUCUACCACAACAGUCCAGUCUUUCGAACCGCAAGACCGCCACAGCACGACUGAAACGCCGUCCCAUGAUGCCGCAAAUUCGUCGACCGAUCUCGAUCCGUCCAGCGCCGAUGCGACAGCGGUGCGAGCCACCACGGAGGAAGCCAAAGAAACUAAAGCGUCAGCCACGGCAUCGCACGUUCUGUCUCCCGCCUUCCCUGUCGAACCCCUAACCGGAGAGCCACCCGCGCUCGAAUGUGAAGGGCAACAGCCCCCUGCCCGUUCGGUAUCUCAGACUCUCUGGAACGCCGCGUACGAUAGCCUCGAGGAGGAUGCAGACACCGCAGAACUUGUCAGGUCAUACGAGAAGACUCUGAUGGUAGCGUUGGACAUCGAUUCUAGCACCGACCUGUCAGCCGAAUUUAAAGACCCGAUUCAGCGACAGGCACGCAUGAGGGAGCUGGUAGAGAAAGGUCAGGCGAGGAUUUCUACGCCGUCCAGCAUUACCAAGGGAGUGGGCGAUGUGGCCCAGUUCAUUCUCUCGGCCAAGCCAAUCAUCGAUGCGGCCAUCCAGAACAUACCGCAGGCUAUGCUUCCCUGGGCUGGUGUCUGUGUCGGAUUGCAGAUCCUCCUGAAUCCUGCGAAAGCGACAAGAUCGAACCUUGCCGGCAUCGUGCACGUCGUCUCCCGAAUGGAUUGGUAUUGCGCCCUGUCCGAGCAUCUCUUGAAAAAAGAUCACAUCGACGAAUCUCUUGAAUCGAUCCUGCCCCUGCUGCAAGCGAGGGUCAUCGCGCUCUACAAGGCUAUCCUCUUGUACCAGAUGAAAAGUGUCUGCUCCUACUACCGACACCAGGGUCUGGUCUUUCUCCGCGCCCUUGCGAAUUGGGAUGACUGGGAUGGCUACUUCGACGCUGUGCGCGACGCGGAAAAUUCCCUUCUUGACGACUGGGGCCAGUUCGAUAGCAUCAAAGCGGGGAGCUUCCGGCGCGAACUUAUCGACCGUGCCAAACGAAUAGAGGAGCUGCUAGAAUCCAUCGGCCAAGACAUUCGAGAUUUUAUCGCCCUGCAGAAGGAGAUGCGGAGGGAUGACGAGGACGCACAAUGCCUUCGAGACCUCUUCGUGGUAGAUCCGCAAGACGAUAUCAAGAAAAUUGAGCAGAAGAAGGAUGCGCUCUUGGAUGAGGCGUACAUGUGGAUCCUCGACACGGAGGCGUACGCAGCAUUUACAAAUUGGAGCGAACACGGCUCUGCCCUUUCGUCGUGUCGCCUGCUGUGGGUUAAAGGUCAUGCCGGAACAGGGAAGACGAUGCUCUUAAUAGGCAUCAUUCGCGAGCUGUUGAGUAGGUCCGCCAAGCUUGCACCCUACGUCUCGCACUUUUUCUGUCAGGGCACAGAAUCAGCUUUGAAUAGCGCGACGGCCACCCUGAGGUCUCUGAUCUGGCUGCUGCUUGUUCAGCAACCGCAUCUUAUCUCCCACCUACGAUCGAAGCACAAGAUCGCUGGUCCCUCUCUUUUCCAAGGCGACAGUGCAUUUAUUGCUCUGUCUAGUGUGUUCGAGAGCAUGCUAAAAGACCCUGACCUAUCCCCGGUGUAUUUCGUCAUCGACGCUCUUGACGAGUGUGAGCACGGUCUUGGGGACCUUAUCAAACUUAUCACAUCGUCCCUUUCUUUUUCCGACAAAGUGAAGUGGCUGGUCUCAAGCCGUCCAACAGUCGAACUCAAGACUCCGGUUACGGCAGGUUCCUUGGUCGAGCUUGAUCCUCAGAAGCUGGAAGGCCCCGUCAAUGCGUAUAUCGACCACAAGCUCUCUAUCCUCAAGACCAGAGAGGGGUAUGAUGAAGGCAUUUUGGCAAAGGUCGCGGUGGAAGUUCGCCAACGAGCCGAGAACACGUUUCUUUGGGUGGCUCUCGUGUUCAAAGAACUCGACGCAGAAGAUGGGACUCUCAACCACGUACAUGGGAUGUACGCUGUCGAGAUUAUCAAGGAGAUCCCUUCUGGCUUGUCGAAGCUAUACAAUCAUAUGAUGGCCAAAAUUGAGAAGGGGGUGAGAAAAGACCCUGAAUACUGCAAGGGCGUCCUGGCCGUUGCUACCCUCGCACUCCGCCCUCUCAGCCUUUCCGAGCUUCCAGUACUCGCUGCUCUGCCAACCAAUAUGGACCCACGAACGAUAGUUAGGAAAUGCGGCUCAUUUCUGACGACCAGGGAGGAAACGGUAUACCUGAUCCACCAGUCGGCCAAGGACUACCUGGACGAAAACUAUACGUCCAGCCUUCAGCCAGCUGGGGUUGCCCAAGGGCAUGCCGACAUCAGCAGGCGGUCAAUUGCUGCGAUGUCCUUGAUCCUGAAACAGAAUAUCUACAACCUCGACUUCGGCUUUAAACCAGAGGGUCUAAGAGCCCCCCAGCCAGACCCAUUGGCUCCGAUACGAUACUCCUGUGUCUUCUGGGUCGACCAUAUCCUGAACGACGAGAGCUCCGAGUGCAAAAGGGAACUAAUGGAUAAUGGAGCAGUGCUUAAGUUUCUGAAGGAGCGGUUCCUGAAUUGGAUUGAGAGUCUGUCUCUCCUCGGCAAUUUCUCGGAUGGAGUCCUAUCGAUAGAAAAGCUUCUUCAUACUGUCCGGACAUAUGGCUCCGCGCUCGUGUUCAGUCCACCGAGGAGCGAGGUCAAACGGGCGCAAUGGAAAGAAAGGCUGCCGUUUAUAAAAACGAUUGCGGGUUAUAAAGACCACUGGAAUUUGCUCUCGCUGUUACCUGGGGCGGAUGAUAGGGAUGAGGUUAGAGGACUCGCCUUCUCGCCGGACGGUAAGACGUUGGUGUCGAUUUCGAACGAUUCUUCGGCCCGGCUCUGGGAUGUAGCGAGGGGGGCGCACCGGCAGACGCUUGAGGGGCAUAGCGAUCAUAUCAACGCAGUCGCCUUCUCGCCAGAUGGCAAGACACUGGCAUCGGCUUCGGAUGAUGGUACGGUCCGGCUCUGGUAUGUAGUGACGGGCGCUCACCGGCAUCCGCUCGAGGGGCAUAGCGAUCGUAUCACGGCAGUGGCCUUCUCGCCAGAUGGUAAGACGCUCGUAUCGGCUUCGGACGAUUGUACCGUCCGGCUCUGGGAUGUAGUGACGGGCGCUCACCGUCAUACGCUCGGAGAGCAUAGCGAUCGUAUCACGGCAGUCGCCUUCUCGCUAGAUGGCAAAACGCUCGCGUCGGCUUCGAAGGAUGGUACGGUCCGGCUCUGGGAUGUAGCGAGGGGCGCGCACCGGCAGACGCUCAAGGGGCAUAGCGAUCGUAUCACGGCAGUGGCCUUCUCGCCAGAUGGCAAGACGCUCGCGUCGGCCUCGGACGAUGGUACGGUCCGGCUCUGGGAUGUAGCGAUGGGCACGCAUCAGCAGACACUCGAGGGGCGUAGUAAAUGGGUCCUGGCAAUAGCCUUCUCGCCGGAUGGCAAGACGCUUGCAUCGGUUUCGUUUCCAGAUCGUACAGUCCGACUCUGGGACGUAGCGACGGGUUUGUACCGGCACAACAUCCAGCCUCAUGGUCGCCGCUUUCCACAUGCCAUUUCAGAUCUAACAUUCUCGGAAGAUGGCCAGUAUUUGAGGACGAAUACUGGAGCGGUUAGAUUCUUGUCAACCUCUGUCUCCCCCAACAAGAAUCUUCAGGACCAUUCCCCUCUAUUGUUUGAUGGGGAGUGGAUAACCCGGGAUCAAAAGGGUGUUCUAUGGGUUCCCAGUGAUUAUCCAGACACUAGUGUAGCUCUACACGGGAAUACGCUUGUCUUAGUGGAUCAGUUUGGAGGACUGAUAUUCUUGCAAUUCGAUUUUUCGUAG